AUUGAUAGUCACCGAUAGGGGGACACAAGGGUGAAAAUUGUUUUAGCUAAAAAAAAUAAAAGGAAAAAAGUAUCUGUCAACAAAUUUUUCAUUCUCUUGUUAGUAACAAAUAUGCUAUUUUAACCAUGAAGAUGGCUGACACAACAAUUAUCCGCAGAAAUCGUCCUGGAACGAAAUCACAGGACUGGUGCCGUUGGCCAGAUGAACCAUUCGAAGAAAUGGAUAGCACACUGGCUGUACAACAAUAUAUACAGCAACUGAUUAAAAAAGAUCCAGCAAAUAUUGAAGCUAUAUUAACAAUGCCCGAAUCACUAGAUGAAGGCGUUUGGAAAUAUGAACACUUGAGACAAUUUUGCAUGGAAUUGAAUGGAUUGGCUGUUCGUUUACAGGCCCAUUGUGUUCCUGGUACAUGCACACAAAUGACCGCCACCGAACAAUGGAUAUUUUUGUGUGCCGCACAUAAAACACCAAAAGAAUGUCCGGCUAUUGAUUAUACACGACAUACAUUGGACGGUGCAGCCUGUUUAUUGAAUAGUUGCAAGUACUUUCCAAGCAGAGUUUCAAUCAAAGAAACAUCUGUAGGCAAACUAGGUUCGGUAUGUCGUCGAGUUUAUCGCAUAUUUUCACAUGCAUACUUUCAUCAUCGUCGUGUUUUCGAUGAAUUCGAAAACGAAACAUAUUUGUGCCAUCGUUUCACACACUUUGUCACCAAAUAUACGUUAAUGUCAAAGGAAAAUCUCAUCGUACCAAUUGAGGGGGAAACUGAUGUUGGUGCCGUUGCCGGUGAAAGUGAUGCAUAGAUUCAUAUCACCCAACAAUACUCUCUAGAUACAACAACAAAAACAACACACACACACACAAACAAACAAAUACAUUCGAAAAUAUGAUCAUUAUAAUUUAUUUAAAUCAACAACAACAAAAAACCUAUACUAAUCUUUACAGGUUAUUUAAUCAGUAGCCAGACCACUCAAUAUGACUAAAUGUAAUAUGAAAUAUUCUUUGAAAACAUAUAAACUAUAAUUCCCUUACAUUUUCUUAUGUUCAUUUCAUAAAACAAAAACAAAAAUAAACAUUUA